AAGGUUUUUUCUCUCCUGUUUUCCUGGUUUUCCUGGAAAGGUCCGUGGUGACGCAUUCAGAGCGUAUUAUAAAGAGGCAGGAGAUCCUCCGCCUUGACAACAGCUUUGGGGAGAGACACGCGCACACUGCACGCAACUAUGGAAACCGUAGAGAUUAUCCUCAUAAUGUUGGUGCUAUACAUCAGCACACUAUCAUUUGUUGACGCUCCAAAUGAGACCACUGGAAAGACAUUGUUGUGUAAGCGCUGCCUUCCAGAACACUGUCCACAGAAGCUCUGCAGAUGGUGUGAGGGGUUAAAUCAGGUCGACAUACAGAGCUGCAGGAGUACCAGUAACGGCAUGUGUGAGUGCAAAGAAGUCUCUUAUUUCAACACCUCUGACAGCUACAGGCCACAUACGGAGUGUCCAAGAGGAUACAGGAUCGAAGAAAAAGGGACUUCAGACAUGCUGUGUGACAAACUGUGUGAGCGUUGUCAAAAGGGACACUACGUAGAGGAACAACAAGGAUGCCUGCUCUGCAUUCAAAAAACAAAGUGCACAUCAGACGAGAAGCUUCUGUUUUGUGGCAACUACUAUUUGGAUGAUGUAAGUGUUGCCUGCAGCAGUAUCACACAUGAUGCAUGGGUUAAGUUCAUCAUCCAGCCCUUUAAAGAAACCUUCAAGAAUCACAACACACAGGAGUUACAGCACUUCAUUGGGAACUUAACAGGUUCAGUGGACGAUUGUUCAUCCAGUCAGGAUUUAUGUUUCCAGAAGCUGGAGCAGUGGUUUGACCUUCCAAGUUGAUGCAGAAGUUCAAUAUAAAGAAACUGGCCACCAGAAUCAAGCAGAGAAUUAAGAGGAUUCAAUAUACAGCACAUCAGUGCAAAAAUUAGUCACUGGCUAUCUUCACUGACCUACUUCUUCCUGAAAUACUUGAACACUUUCUUCCCUGUUUGUGUGUAUUAAAAACAACAACUUUGAACAGUUUUUUUAAGGCUCAUGGUAUAUUAAGUCUGUAGCCUAGUAAAACAGAGUUAAUGUAUUCAAUGAUAAAGACUUAAAAGCACUUUUGUACAUCACUCAGGAUAAGUCUGUUAAAUGCUGUAAAUGUAAAUGAUCCUUGUUUGUUUUGAUGUCCUGUGCCUGUUUACCCUUUUUAC